CGUUCUAUAAAACAACGUAAAUUAUCACCAAAAUUAAUAACAAAAAAUGAAAUAAUAUCAUCACCAAUAAUUAAUGAUGAUUAUUCAUUAACAACAACAACAGGUAUAUGUUAUCCUCAUGAUGAUAUUUAUUAUAAUUCUCAUAAUCAUAAUCAUAAUCAUCAUCAUUCUCAAAUAAAUUAUCCAAAUUUUUCACUUUAUACAUCUUCAACAAAUUAUUCAAAUCCAUCAUGUUUUUCAACAUAUUCAAAUUUAGAUGAUGAUCAUAAUAAAUCUUCAUCAUCUUAUCCUUCAUUACCAAUAUAUAAUUCAAUGUACUAUGAUCAACAUUCAUCAAAUGAUUAUAAUUUAUUAUCAUCUAAAAUGAUUUCUUCAAAACAAUCGUUACCACCACCACCACCACCACAACAACAACAACAAAUGAUAUUAAAUAAAAAGAAACAAUUUUUACCUAUAACAUCACCAUCAACACAACAACAACAACAACAGAAUAUAAAACGUGGUUCUUCAUGUGAAACAUUAACAUUAUGUGAUGUAAAUAAUAAACGAAUUCAUCUUGAUAAUGAAUCUCAUCAUCAUUUAUCUCAUAUUGAUUAUGAAACAAAUUUAACGUCUGAUAAAAUUGAUUUAUAUCCAUCGACGAAUAAUUGUUAUGUAUCAACAAAUUAUCCAACAGAACAUCCUUAUCAUCAUACGUCGGUGAUUGUCGAUAGUCAACAGUAUUUUCUCAAUGGAUGGAAUGGAGCUGCUGCUUUCUAA